GGUUGUGCACUAAUCACCAUGGUUGACACCCGUAGUGGGAAGAGUACUAGCCCCUAUACCCAAGCUCAACAAGAGCAGAUGGCCGCCUUAGUGAAAGAGAAUAGAGAGAUGAAAGAGCUCCUGAAGCAAGCGAAAUUGGAAGCAGUCGCAGAGGAGUAGGCGGCGAAAAUGAAGAAGUUGGAGGAGGAGAUCGAGGAGAAGAAAAAGGCUGCCGAGGAAGAAGCGGCGGCAGACGAAGCAGAAGAGAGAAGACGCAGGGAAGCAAAAGGGGAGAGUAGUGGCACUACGAAUGAGGAUGCAGAGAUGGAGAAGAAGAUCAGUGAGUGGAUAGCCAAUUUAUCGUUGGGGGAAGAUGAGGAGGCACCGUUGUAUGUGCCACAGGAGGAGAAGGAGGCGUUUGCCAGGGCACUAGCAACGAUUGAGGACCCCCUGGAACGACAAGAGACAGAGGAGGAGAAAAAGUUGGAGUGGAAGUUGAGAAUGAAGAGGGAAAAGACGAGAAGGAGGGAGGAAGUUAAUCGGUUGACCGCAGAGGUGGAGAAGGUGAGAGCCUGUAGGCAAGAAGUGCAGGCGCAGGCACAUGUCUUUGCCAAAAUGGACAAGAUGCUGGGGUAUCUAGAGGUAUUGAGUUGUGCACUAAUCAACAUGGUUGACACCCGUGGUGGGAAGCGCACUAGCCCCUAUACCCAGGCUCAACAAGAGCAGAUGGCCACCUUAGUGAAAGAGAAUAGAGAGAGGAAAGAGCUCAUGAAGCAAGCGAAAUUGAAAGCAGUGGCUGAGGAGCAGGCGGCAAAAAUGAAGAAGUUGGAGGAGGAGAUCGAGGAGAAGAAAAAGGCUGCCGAGGAAGAAGCGGCAGCAGAGGAAGCAGAAGAGAGAAGAUGCAGGGAAGCAAAAGGGGAGAGUAGUGGCACGACGAAUGAGGAUGCAGAGAUGGAGAAGAAGAUCAGCGAGUGGAUAGCCAAUUUAUCGUUGGGGGAAGAUGAGGAGGCAYAGUUGUAUGUGCCACAGGMGGAMRAGGMGRCGUUUGCMAGGGCACUAGCAACGAUUGAGGACUCCCUGGAACGACAAGAGACAGAGGAGGAGAAGAAGUUGGAGUGGAAGUUGAGAAUGAAGAGGGAGAAGAAGAGAAGGAGGGAGGAAGUUAAUCGGUUGACUGUAGAGGUGGAGAAGGUGAGAGCCUGUAGGCAAGAAGUGCAGGCGCAGGCAGAUGUUUCUGCCAAAAUGGACAAGAUGCUAGGGUAUCUAGAGGUAUUGAGUGAGGCCUAGCUGGAGGAACGCCAAGCCAACUGGUGUC